AUGGAGGACUCGGGCAGAAUCAACGUAACCAUGACCGCGAGAGAAUACGAGCUCUUCAAAGAAGCUAAGAAGCGACCAGCUUCUGAAAAGCAACAAACUGCUGCCUCCCGACCACGAAAGUUGCCGGAGUUUCCAAAGCUUGAGUCCCUUGUUCAUCAUCCAAUUGAUUAUGCUCGUGUUGUUAAGAAGAUUGGAAAUGAAGUGGACUUAACCCUUGUUGAUUUGGAGGGUCUUCUACCUUCAACUAUUAUUAUGGUUAUUUCUGUGACAGCAUCAACCACAAGCGGGAAGCCUCUUUCCAAAGAGAAUUUGAAUAAAACAAUUGACGCAUGUGAUAGAGCCCUUGCUCUUGACCUUGCAAAAAAGAAAGUGCUUGAUUUUGUUGAGAGUAGAAUGGGCUAUAUUGCACCAAAUCUUUCAGCAAUUAUUGGAAGUACAGUUGCAGCUAAAUUUAUGGGCAUUGCUGGUGGUUUGUCUGCAUUAGCAAAAAUGCCUUCUUGUAAUGUUCAGCUUCUUGGGGCAAAGAAAAAGACACUUGCUGGAUUUUCCACUACAACCUCUCAAUUCCGUGUAGGUUAUCUUGAGCAAGCUGAGAUUUUCCAAAGCACCCCUCCUUCUCUUAGAACUCGUGCUUGCCGGCUAUUGGCAUCAAAAUCAACUCUAGCUGUAAGGGUAGAUUCUACUAGAGGGGAUCCAACAGGAAAGGCUGGAAUAAACUUGCGAGAUGAAAUCCUUAAAAAGAUUGAAAAAUGGCAGGAACCACCCCCUGCUAAGAAACCAAAUCCUCUUCCAGUUCCAGAUUCUGAGCCCAAAAAGAAGAGAGGUGGCCGUCGGUUGAGAAAAAUGAAAGAAAGAUAUGCAGUGACAGAUAUGAUGAAGCUGGCAAAAAGGAUGCAAUUUGGAGUGCCAGAAGCGAGCUCUUUAGGUGAGUAA